AUGGAAUCCAGACUCUGGAUUCCAGAGACGAUGGCAUCCAAUCCUCUCUUUCUACAUUGAAAACCCACGAAAAGCUCUUAUAGGUUCUUCGUCUCUUCUGUAAUUGAACGUCUCUUUCGAUCUGUGUCACGAACUCUUCAUUUUAGUAUACGUUUGUAGGUUGGUUCUUGAUAGUGGUGUUGGUAAUGGCUGACCCUGUAGAGGCUAUUUUGGAUUUCCUCCGGAGAAAUCGAUUCUCAAGGGCUGAGGCGGCUUUGCGCGGUGAGCUCAGUAACCGUCUGGAUUUGAAUGGAUCACUUCAGAAACUUAUCAUGGAAGUAAACGAGUUGGGUAAUCAGUUGAAAGAAGAGGAGGAGGACAAACCAGAGGUAACCCACCUGGGAUCAGGUCCUCAGAGUAGUGGCGAAGUUUCAAAGGAACUUAUUGUAAAAGAGAUUGAGUGUGGAACCAGUACAAAUGGUUCUGAUAGUAAAUGGAGAACUACCUCUUCUGUUGGGGGAAGAAACAUGCUUACUGAAUCAACUGGAACGACUGAGAAGAGCUUCUCUUUUGCUCAAGGUUCUGCGGACAACUCACCAGAUCUGCUCCCUUGGAAAUUUAAUCCCAGUAAUGGUCCUCUAGAUGCACCACAGAAGGAUGGUGGUAUUAUUUCUACUAACUUUUCAGAGCUUCAAAUAUCCGAACAAUCAAAGCAUCUCUUUCAGGCUUCUGAUAAGGGGAAGAAGGUUAUCGGUGUGAUAAAAUCUAGAGAAAGUCAUGCUGCAGAGUUGGGUUUGUCUGGGGAACAGAGAACACCAUGGCUUGGAGGUGCUAGUGCAAGUAAAUCCAGUUUUGAACUGAAAUUUGACAGGAGUCAGACAAGUGACCGCAAAGAACUUGGUCAGCAAUGUGGACCAAAUUCUACAUCCUCUAAGUCUAAGGAUGGCUUAGUGGACAGCCUGUGGUUGGAAAAUGAGGAACCCACACCGUCAUCUUCAGAUCCAUGGAUUGAGUGCUCUGUCAAGACUGUUUUCCCAUUCUCCAGAGGUGAUGCAUCGACUAGUUAUGAUAGUGCUCUUGCUUCUGGUGACAAUAGAAAAGAAGGAACGAGGAAAUUAGAGACUAGUGAUAUCAAGGCAGCCAUGAAGGAGCAGGUGGAUGACGUUGGGCGAGUUAUAUUUUUUGGGAAGUCUCCGGGAAUUUUAGAGCAGAAGAAUGUCUAUAGCUUAGAUUUACCACUUGUUUCUGAGAAUCACAAGGAAGAGUUGCCAAGGUUGCCACCUGUUAAACUAAAGUCAGAGGACAAACCGGUAAACAUUCACUGGGAGGAAAAGUUUGAUCCCCAUGGACAUGGAGCAAAGCUCAACAACAUGGAUAACCCUUUCUUGAUAGGAUCAUUUUUGGAUGUUCCAGUUGGACAAGAAAUACAUUCUGCAGGUGGAAAGAGGACUCUUGGAAGUAGUUGGCUCUCUGUAAGUCAGGGCAUUACUGAGGAUAAUUCUGAUUUAGUUUCUGGUUUUGCUACCAUUGGUGAUGGCUUGAGCGAGUCAGUUGACUAUCCAAAUGAGUAUUGGGACUCUGAUGAGUAUGAUGAUGAUGAUGAUGUGGGAUACAUGAGACAACCAAUUGAAGAUGAAACCUGGUUUCUGGCUCAUGAAAUUGACUACCCAAGUGACAAUGAAAAAGGAAUGGUGCAUGGGAGUGUUCCAGACCAGCAGGAAAGAGGUCAAACAAAAGAUGAGGAUGAUGACCAAUCUUUUGCUGAGGAAGACUCCUACUUCUCUGGUGAGCAGUAUUUUCAGGGAAAAAAUAUUGAACAAGUUGUUGCAACAGAUGAUCCUAUAGGGCUUUCAAUGACCGAAAUGUAUGGAAGGAAUGAUGAAAAUGAUUUAAUAGCUCAAUAUGAUGGGCAAUUGAUGGAUGAAGAGGAACUAAACUUGAUGCGUGCAGAGCCUGUUUGGCAGGGUUUUGUUACACAGACAAAUGAUCUCAUCAUGUUAGGCAAUGGGAGAGUUCUCAAUGAGUGUGAAAGGCCUCGACCUGAUGAUCUUUGUAUGGAUGAUGACCAGCAUGGUUCUGUUAGAUCAAUUGGUGUGGGGAUCAACAGUGAUGCUGCUGAUAUAGGCAGUGAAGUACGGGAAAGCUUGGUUGGAGGAAGCAGUGAAGGAGAUUUGGACUACUUCCAAGAUCAUGAUGUUGGUAUUGGUGCGUCCAGACAUUUGCAACAUGACACAGAUAAGAGAUAUUUUGAUAGAUCUAACAGGGAUAAGAGGAGGGCAAUUAAGCAGGGUUCUGAUAAAUUCAUUAUGAGGAAUGACAAGGCUACCUGUGCCGUGACCAAAAAUUAUGGUGAUGUUGGCUUUUCUUUUCCACCUCCAAGAGGUGGAGAGUCGAUGCAGGCUAACUCUAGUAAAUCUUUAUUUUCAGGAAAGGAAAAGGCUAUGACUGGUGAUGAAGUUGAUGAUUAUGGCAAUGAUUUGAUGGGGACUGAUGACAUGCUUGCCACAUGGAAGCGGAGGAGCAGUGAUUCAUCACCUGUCAAGAGUUCUAGGGAAGAAAACAAUGCUAAUAUCAGCAAUUCUACUGCUUCAACAGUCUCAAACUGUGGGUCUGCAGAAAGAGAACAUAUUAAAAAAGGUGAAGAUGACAAAGCUAGUGAUGUAAGAGAAGAAGAUCCAGGGACCACAUUAGAGGACGAAGAGGCAGCAGCUGUACAGGAGCAAGUGAGACAGAUUAAGGCACAGGAGGAAGAAUUCGAAACUUUUAACCUCAAGAUUGUUCAUAGGAAAAACAGAACUGGCUUUGAGGAGGAUAAAAAUUUCCAUGUUGUUCUAAACUCUGUGAUUGCUGGGCGGUAUCAUGUUACGGAAUAUCUUGGUUCAGCUGCAUUCAGUAAAGCCAUUCAAGCACAUGAUUUGCACACAGGCAUGGAUGUCUGUGUGAAAAUUAUUAAGAACAACAAAGACUUUUUUGAUCAGAGCCUUGAUGAAAUAAAGCUUCUUAAGUUUGUCAAUAAGCAUGAUCCUGCUGACAAGUACCAUAUCCUACGCUUGUAUGAUUACUUCUAUUAUCGAGAGCAUUUGCUGAUUGUAUGUGAACUUCUCAAGGCAAAUUUAUAUGAAUUUCACAAAUUCAAUAGGGAAUCUGGAGGAGAGGUUUACUUUACAAUGCCGAGGUUGCAGUCGAUUACUAUUCAGUGUUUGGAGGCUCUUCGGUUUUUGCAUGGUCUCGGCCUUAUUCAUUGUGAUUUGAAGCCUGAGAAUAUUUUGGUAAAGAGCUACAGUAGAUGUGAGGUGAAGGUUAUAGACCUUGGAAGUAGCUGCUUCGAAACAGAUCAUCUCUGCUCUUAUGUACAGUCCAGGUCUUAUCGUGCACCAGAGGUUAUCUUGGGGCUUCCUUAUGACAAGAAGAUAGACAUAUGGUCACUGGGCUGCAUCUUGGCGGAACUUUGCACUGGAAAUGUUCUCUUCCAAAAUGAUUCACCUGCAACUCUACUUGCACGUGUAAUUGGAAUCAUAGGUCCCAUUGACCAAGACAUGCUUGCAAAGGGACGGGAUACAUACAAAUAUUUCACCAAAAAUCACAUGCUUUAUGAAAGGAAUCAGGAGACCAACAGACUGGAAUACCUGAUUCCCAAGAAAACAUCCCUACGGCACCGGUUGCCAAUGGGGGAUCAAGGUUUCAUUGACUUUGUUGCCCAUCUCCUUGAAAUAAACCCAAAGAAGCGUCCAACAGCAUCUGAAGCUUUGAAGCACCCAUGGCUCUCUUUUCCAUAUGAGCCAAUCUCAUCUUGACCGUUGAACCCCAGAUGUGAGAUAUGUGAUGAACACCUGUUACCCUGUGGAACAAUCAGAAGUGUGAUUUACCACAGGUGCUGGCUGCAUGGAUUUGGCCUUCCCACAUGUUUGAGAUGCAUAGGAAGGUGUACUUGGUUGGAAUCUCAACGUCUCCUGCCUAAACAAAAUUGUCAAGUUGUAUGUUUACUUGCUGUAACUUGGAAUGUAAUUUUUGCUGCCCCAAGUGCUCUAGGUUUUAAUGCUGGCUUCUAUGAUGGGAACGAUCUUCACUCUGUUGUAUAUGAUGUGAUUAUUCUUUAAGGGUUUCUAGUAAUUGCUUUUGCAAUAGCUGCUUACCGGGCAUUUGGUUGGUUCUGAGAUAUGGAAGUGGCAGCAUCGGAUUGAAGCGUUGGAAUGGUCUAGUGCGUAACAUGAGCUGUUUUGCCCCUUUAUAAACUGUUGGAUGUAUUAUUAUCAUGUAGGCAUGUAAUGCAGAUCCUUGGACUCGUUUUGCAAUGAAGCCAUGGUUUUUUGUGUGGGAACAACCCCAAUGAA